GAUGAGUACAGGAUUGGCAAAACCAAAGAAGUUGAAAUUGACAGAUUAUGAAGUGUUUCAAACACUAGGAACAGGUAAUUGAAUUGAAAUUCAAAAUUUUAGGAUCAUUUGGACGAGUUAAAUUGGCUAGAAACAAAUAAACAAAUAAAUAUGUUGCUUUGAAAAGUUUAAAGAAAGCUGAAAUCAUUAGAUUAAAAUAAGUUGAUCAUGUUAUUAAUGAAAAUACUAUAUUGGGUAACUUAUCCCAUCCUUUUAUUGUAAAUUGACUUAAUUACUUUAUAAUAGGUCAAUUUUGAGGGAUUUUGUCAAGAUCCAAGAUACUUAUAUUUAGUAUUAGAGUUUGUAUCAGGAGGUGAAUUAUUUACUUAUUUGAGAAGCAUUGGAAGACUUGAUACUUAACAUGCUGCGUAAAAAUAUAUUAUAUUAUCUCUAUUAUAGAUUUUAUGCUUCAUAAGUUGCUUCAAUUUUUGAAUAUCUUCAUUCCAAAAAUAUUGUCUAUAGAGAUUUAAAACCAGAAAAUUUGUUGAUUGCAGAUGAUGGAUACCUAAAGUUAACAGAUUUUGGAUUUGCUAAAGUUGUUGAAGGAAGAACUUAUACUUUAUGUGGUACUCCUGAAUAUUUGGCCCCAGAAAUUUUAUUAAAUAAAGGACAUGGUAAAGCUGUUGAUUGGUGGACUUUGGGAAUAUUAAUCUAUGAAAUGAAUGCAGGAAUUGAUCCUUUUUCUGAUGAAGAUCCUAUGGCUAUUUAUUAAAAGAUUCUUAAGGGCAAAGUUAAAUUUCCUAAGUCUUUUGAUAAGUACACUUCUAUAUUCCUAUUUUAGAAAUGCAAAAUCCUUAGUCAAACAUUUAUUAGUUGCAGAUUUAUCAAAAAGAUAUGGAAACUUAAAAAAUGGUAAUCCUCUUCGAUAUAUAUAUUUAUAGGAGCUGCUGAUAUCAAGAAUCAUAGAUGGUUUGGUAAUCUAGAUUGGAACUUGUUAACCUAAAAGAAAUUACCAGUCCCAUAUAAACCUGUUGUUAAGUAAAAUUUUUAAUAUUUAUUAAUUAGAGCUGCAAAUGAUACAUCAAAUUUCUCAUCCUAUCCAGAAUCUGAUACCUAGAGUCCUGCACUUAAGCCAGCUGAUGAUCCCUUCCUUGAAUGGUGAA